AAACGAUGACAGCUUCUUUCGUUGGACCCCGUUCGUCAACUCCAAAACUCUCGAACGGGCAGCAAAACCAUAAUCGAACUCUUCCGAAGGUUCCAAAGGGCCAACCCGCCGAAUCUAAGAAGCCCAAACAUCAUGGACGAGUUCUCCCUUUGGUCCCCAUUCUACCUUCUCAUGAAGGUCCAAAACCGUCAAGAUCACUUCCGAGGGUGCCAGGCCCAAUCAUGGUCAAAAGUCCCCCUGGAACAUCGGGGUCCGGGUCCUCCAACAAAAGUAACAAUUCGAACCCGGCGAUCCCCACAAUUCCGAAAACCACUAGACAGCUGCCGAAGAUACCAAAAGCAAACACGGUACAAAGCAAAAGACAAGAACAAGAUAGGAAAAAAUAUAUGCACUCCAUUUACAGAAGUGAAGGGGACGACCAUCUGAGAAAGGGAGAACUUGAAAAAGCGCUAGAAUCUUAUCAUGGCGCCUUAAAGUUGAUUCCUGACGAUAAGUCAACUUUAGUUGCAAGGUCACGAUGCCAUCAACUGUUAGGACGUCACCGGAAGGCAAUGCAGGAUGUAGAAUCUGCUCUAAAUUUAGAUCCUUUAUUUUACGAGGCUCUCUACCAGAAGGCGGAGCUGCAUUACCAACAAAGAGAGUAUGAAAUGGCGCUAGUAUUCUACAGCAAAGGAUCAAAACAGCGACCUGACAUGAAGGCUUUCCAAGAGGGUCUGGAGAAAACUCAAGACGCCAUUAACAGAUCGGAUUCCGCUCGAACACGAAGGUUAGCAAAGGCAGGGGAAAUGUCAUUCUUCCUUCCAAAAAAGAAGAAAGAAGCAAAAAGAAGGGCUAACUUAAUUCCGGAACCGCCGGAAAAAAAUCCUCGUGAAGCUGUAACUCCCGGUUUCCGACUGCGUCAACACAAUCCAUUGGUUAAAAUCGAAAGAGGAUCUCGUGAGUCCUUAGUUACAGAUGGUGUUUCGGACGAAGUGAUGACGAACGAAAAUGACGUAACGGAGAAGAGAAUGAAACAAAUUCUGGGAAGAAUGUACAAUGACAAGAAAUACCUUGAACAGCUCGUGGAACAAGCAGGCGGACUGUCUGUUGGCUCUGUUGACCUUCACUCAAUGGCAGAAAAUGGACUGGACUUCUUAUAUGACCGUGUGUUGUACUGGGUAAGACAAGGAAGAAUAAUUCCUCCCGAAGCCCCAUCCAACCCAGCAGAGAAAUCCUCCAAUCACGACAAUCAGAGCAUGCUUCCGGGCCUCACGUCUCCGAGAUCUGAUUCUAGUACAAGAACCAACCCCAAGCCUAAACUGUCUAGAAAACACCUGCUCAUGAAUGAAGACAAAACACAACCCAAGUCUUGGUUCCGCUACCUGGAAAGGAAGAAGGCUUCCGAAUUGACUGCGAGAAAAAAUAAUCAAACACGUUUUCUUCAUGUGCUGGAGGGUCAAAGAUUACAGCUGAAAGAAAAUUUGGAAAAUCGGAAACCGCUCACACCAAUCAAACAAACUAAGCCUCAGAUAAAGGAAAAGAAAGUAAAGAAAACUGGAAGAAAAUCGAAAGACAGUCACAAAGAUCACAAUGCCUCUGAUACAGACUCUGGCCUGAAUAUCAGUUUCAGUACGUACCGACAGCCGAGUGAUCUUCAUCAAGAUCAUUCUUUGGAAGACACCAGUACUUUUUAUCCCAUCAAGGAGGAAUCUCCACUUCCGCUGAAAGUUGUUCCACUGCACAAUUCAAGAUUGCAAUCUUUGCAUAAGAAAGAUCGAAGCUCUCAAGAGGCUGCCAAGAGGGAACAAAUCCAGAUAUAUAUUGCAAAGGAACUGGAGGAAAUUGAAAUUGCCUAUGUGGAUGGUCGUUAUGCUGACUGCAUCAGUCAGGCUGAGUCCUGUUUGAACACCUUAAAAUCGUUCACGGAGAUCCAGGUUCCCAAUAUCACAUCUAUUGUCGCCAAACUACACAGCUACAUUGGCAACGCUGCAAUAGAAACUAAGGACUACUUGACCGCACUGGAACACCAUGAGAGAGAUUUGAUCAUUGGAGAAGAGAAUAAUGAUGAUGAUGCUGUUUCGAGAGCGCUUGGAAAUUUGGGGAGAAUCUUUGUUUUCCAAAAUAAACACCAGCAAGCUUUGGAACUGUUCUCUAGAAAGGUUCCUUUGUGCAAAACAAGAUUGGAAACAGCUUGGUUAUACCAUGAGAUUGGGAACUGUUUCCUUGUUCUUGGGCAAUAUAAAUUUGCCAUGGAGGCAGCUCAUCGUUCAUUGAAAGCUGCCGAGGAAGCGGUGGAAUGGAGCUACCAACUCCAAUCUCUCGUUCUCCUUGGUGUCGCAGAAGUUAAACUAAAGAGCUAUUCCAGCGCCAUCAGUACUUUUGAACGAGCCAGGGAACACGCACGGAUGCAGGGAGACGUCAAGGCCGAAGAGGCAGUCACGGAAGCAAUUAAAGAUGUCAACACCAAGAUCAUAGAGGAAAUGAAAACAUCACGUGGUGAUCACAGCAGAUCAGAGCGAGGUUUCCCAAGGUCUCGUGCCGAUUUCUCAGACAAGAUGUCGUACAAUCCAAGAUCUCGAGCGGAGUGGUCGGACUAUUCUAGCAUCUUUAUCCCUGACGAUGAUGGUGACGUGUCACUUACCGAAACCGGAUAUGACACAGACAAUUUGCAUCUUGAUCUCGAUCAGUUAAGAGGUGAUUUCGAAACCUCACUAUUUGGCUCUCAAGCGUAUCUGCGAACAGAGAGAUAUUCAACCAAGAUCCCCUCGUCAGAUGUCCGACAGUCUAUGACAAAUCUUCAUCUUAUGCAAUCCCCCGGGCGAGGGCCCAACCCUAGUUCAUCCACAUACAUUCGCAGUAACACUGCUAUGGGUUGAAGAAGUGUUAUCACCAUGAUUCAUAAACCACUGUGAUAUUUCCAUUCAUUUUCAAUUAACCUGAUAUUUUCAAAGUUUAUAGCCAUGAAAACAUCAUUGUUGAUAUUAAUUUAUUGUGAUGACGAUAAGCACGUUUUAGCUGCAC